AUGGGGGGCAGAACAUGCAUCAUAGAUCUUGCAAGAAUGCUCAAUUUGGGACCAACAACAGUAUGGAGGCUCAUCAAGAGGAAAAUUAUUAAGCCACACUCAAGUCCCUUGCAUCCAGGCAUUUCAGAAGCAUGCAAAAUGGCAAGGAUAAGGUGGGCACUCAGACUGAUAAUGGAUUACACUAUACCACAAGAACCAACAUAUAACAACAUGUAUGACUUCAUUCAUAUUGAUGAGAAGUGGUUUUAUUUGACUAAAAAAAACCAGAGAGUUUAUCUUGCAAACAAUGAACCCUAUCCACACAGAAGUGCAACCAAGAGGACAUCAAAAAACAGAGUAAAGGGGAUCAUUGAAACAAAGCCAGUGAAGUCUGUAAAUCAAAUAGAAACAAGGGCAAUGAUGAUCAACAAGCUACUUCCAGCAAUCAAGGCUAAGUGCCACCACAUGAAGGGGAAAAGGUCAAUACAAUCACUUAUGCACAAGAAAAUGCCUGAAAUUGUGGAGGACUUAAGUGGAGUAGUGUAUGAUUCUUUUAAUGAGUUGCAUCCUAAGACAUUGUCUAAUGUGUGGAUGACAUUACAGUUUGUUUCUAAUGAGAUUCUAAAACACAAAGGCAACAAUGAUUACCAACUUCCACACAACAAGAAGAAGAUUCUAGAAGAUGAAGGCAUACUGCCAGAGCAAGUCAAGGCACCUAUAUGGGCAGUUAAUGAAUGCAUGCAACUCUAUGAUGAAUGGAAAGCAAACCAGUGA